AUGACUGAGAACUCUACAGCAUCCACAGUGGAAAUCGCUCGAGCUGUUGAUCAAGUUUGUUCUCCUUUAUAUGCACAAUUGUUUCAAAAAGUGGCUAAAGAACAGCCUCAUAAUCUUUCAAACGAACAGCGUACUGUACUCGUGUAUUAUCCAAACGAGAUCACUUGGUACCAAGGAGAUAAACGUCAAGAAAUAAUUGAACGAAUUCGACGUACUCAUCUCAAAUGGUUCAAUAGUUGGUUAAGUAAACAAUAUACUGGCUUGCCACCGUAUUUCAAAUGGAGUUUAGUUAUGAAUGAUCUCAUGCUACAUGCGACUAACUUAUUCUUUCGAGUGGAUCUCGAUGAUGUUAUUACUAGCAAUGAAACGCGUCGUGCUUUUCGACAAAUCACAAAUACUAUCAAAUGUAUUUUGCUGAACAUCAGCAAAUCGAAUCCGAUAACCAUCGAUACAACUGCUAUACCUGUUGUUCGAGAGCUUCUUUUAAUUCUUUUCUAUUUUACUUUGGAUAGUAAACUUGCUAUUUAUCUUAAAAAUCUUCAGUUAGUCGAUCUCAUGAAUGCACUUAUACAAACAUCAAAUAAUGAUGAUGAAAUUCAUUUGCAAGCCUAUCGAGUUCUAGCAGUUAUUAUGGCAGAAGCAGAUAUAAAACAACUGCAGAAUUCAAGUAGAAUUACUAUUGUUUUUAUUACUUUUAUUAAGGAUGCUAUUGAUGGUGGCGUUCCCUAUGAAGCUCGCUUACACAAUAGUCUUCGAAGUCUCAAAGUAUUAACACAGCAUGAUCAAAUUCGUGAAGAAUUAAUCAAACACGAAGGUCACUAUCUUUUUCUUCGAUGUGCUCUCGAAGAUCAAUUCAAUCCACUCAAAGCAAAACUUCCUGCACUUCAAAUUCUUCUUGCAUUAGCUUUCAACAAAGACUUUGCUGCUAUACUCAAAGGCAACGACAUUUUUAUGAAUCAUGUUCGAACAUUGACUUCAUCACCACAACAAGAUCUACAAUUAGUAUCUACUGCAUUGAUAUGGAAAUUAGAAAAAGAAUCAGAAACAACAGUCAAAACAGUUCAAGAACAAUCUUCUUCAAUUUCUUCAUCGACGAUAAUCAAAAAACAAUAUGAUAUUAUGAUAAGUUAUUCACAUAAUGAUAAAGAACUUUGUCAUCGAAUUCUAAAUUCUCUUGAGAAAGAUCAAUUACGUGUUUGGAUUGAUUCUCGAUUGAUGCAUGGUGCUACAUUUGAUGCUAUGGCUAAAGCUAUUGAAAAUGCAGAAUUUGUACUUGUUUGUAUGUCUGAUGCUUACAAACAGAGUCCUUUUUGUGAAAUGGAAGCUAGUUAUGCAGUUAAACGUCGUUGUCAUAUUAUUCCAAUAGUGAUGACAACCAACUAUAAAGCUGAUGGAUGGCUUGGAGUAUUAACUUCAGCACUUAUUUAUGUUGAUUUUCCAAAGCUUGGUUUUGAUAAAGCUUAUCAAGAACUUAAGAAACAGAUUGGCCUAUUUCGAAUGAAUAAUUCAAAUUCAACACUUAUUGAACAAGAUCAAGUUCAGCAUAAUCCAAGUUAUUUAGUGGAUAAUACACCGAAAACAAUUCCGAGUGUUGAAAAUAAUAAAGAACUACAUCCAGUUGUGGAAUAUCCACAUUGUAUCGAUAUGUGGACUAAAGAUCAUGUCAAAUCGUUUCUUCUUGAUAAAGAACUUAGUAUUCUUCUACUAGCUUUCGAAGGGAUGAACGGUCAUUUACUGCAUAAAGUUUAUGAUAUGUGCCAAGCAGGCCAACAAGCUAUGUUUUCUUCAUUAAAAGAAGACGUUGCUAGAUCUCAACUAACUUUGGCACUCAGUUUGAAGGACUACCUUACUUUUCUCGAAGAAAUUAAAGUCUACAUACCAUAUAAAACUGACGAUAAAUUAAAUCCAACAUCAGUUAUUUGUAAUCUCAUGUAA